AUGCAUAUCUCUAAAAAACUCGCGCUGGCCCACCAGCAGAACAAGCCGACCUUCUCCUUCGAGUUCUUCCCUCCCAAGACCGCGCAGGGCGUUCAGAAUCUGUACGACCGCAUGGACCGCAUGCAUAAUUUGGGGCCGGCUUUCAUUGACAUCACCUGGGGCGCAGGCGGAAGGCAUUCCCAAUUGACCUGUGAGAUGGUCAAUGCUACUCAAAAUUACUAUGGAUUGGAAACCUGCAUGCAUUUGACCUGCACGGACAUGGAACGACAUCAAGUUGACGAGGCUCUUCGUCGUGCAUACAAAGCUGGCUGCACAAAUAUCCUGGCACUCCGUGGAGAUCCGCCCAGAGACCAGGAAAAGUGGGAAGCAAAAGAAGGUGGUUUCAGGUAUGCAAAGGAUCUGGUCAAAUACAUCAAAGCAAGAUACAGUGACCAUUUCGAUAUCGGCGUCGCUGGCUACCCCGAGGGUUGCGACGACCAGCGGGACGUGGACCUGCUGAUCGACCAUCUCAAGGAGAAGGUCGAUGCCGGAGCUAGUUUUGUCAUCACACAAAUGUUCUACGAUGUCGACAUCUUUCUUAACUGGGUAAAGAAAUGCCGAGAACGAGGAAUCAAUGUUCCGAUACUUCCUGGAAUCAUGCCCAUCCAAACCUACGCCGCGUUUGUGAGACGAGCUAAUUGGACGAAAUGUCAUGUCCCUCCUGAGUGGUUCGAUGCCUUGGAGCCGGUCAAAAACGACGAUGCUGCUGUCAGGGCAAUCGGAAAAGAUCUGGUCGCUGACAUGUGCCGGAAAAUCCUGGACGCAGGAAUCCUACACCUCCACUUUUACACAAUGAAUCUGGCCCAAGCUACGCGGAUGGUUCUGGAGGACUUGUCCUUGACGCCGGAAACUUCCGGAUUGCGCCUUGAGAAACCACUGCCCUGGCGACAGUCUCUAGGGUUCAACCGCCGGGAUGAGACGGUCAGGCCAAUUUUCUGGAGAAAUCGCAACGCAUCUUACAUCAGCCGGACAGCGGACUGGGAUGAGUUCCCUAACGGUCGUUGGGGCGAUAGCAGAUCUCCUGCGUUCGGAGAACUGGAUGCUUACGGCACCGGGUUGAAGGGCACAAACGAAGCCAACAUCAAGUUAUGGGGCAAACCAAGAUCACUUCGCGACGUUACAACUCUAUUUGUACGUUUCUUGCAGGGCACCUUGGAUCGACUACCAUGGAGCGAAGGUGCCAUCUCUGCCGAAGCCGACAGCAUCAAGGAUGACCUGGUGAAGUUAAACAAGCACGGAUUUUUGACCAUCAAUUCCCAGCCGGCAGUGGAUGGUGCGUCUUCCACCCACCCGGUUUAUGGAUGGGGUCCUGCUGGCGGCUGGGUGUACCAGAAAUCAUACCUGGAAUUGCUUGUCUUCCCUUCCAUGUUCAAGACGGUCAUGGAACGACUCAAUACCAACAAAAAUCUCACAUAUUACGCAGUGAAUCGAAAAGGUGAACUGUACACAAACACCAAAGAUGAAGGUCCAAACGCCGUCACUUGGGGCAUCUUUCCAAACCGGGAGAUUGUGCAGCCAACCAUCGUGGAAACUGUGUCCUUUCUAGCAUGGAAAGACGAAGCUUUCCGUCUUGGGCAAGACUGGGCGAAGUGCUAUCCCGCCGGAUCUGGGAGCAGAAAGUUGAUCGAGAAGAUCAUGGAUGAAUGUUACCUUGUCAAUAUUGUCAACAAUGACUUCCAUCAAAAUCACGAGAUCUUCGAACUGUUUGAGGGUCUGGAGGCCCAGGAUCUUGAUGCGGUCGUCGAAGAUACUGUCGCUGACCAUCCCGGAAAUGGAACUAGAGAUGUGUCGAAUGGUGAUGCAUCCGUCACUGGCGCUGAGAAAAGUGUUACAAAUGGAGAGCAAAACAAAGUCCCCUCCAAAGCCAGCGGAGAGGCUCUUACCAACUGA